AUGCCAAAAUCAAAGGCCAAGAGCGAUAAGAAGGAUGGCACAGCUUCACGCAUCACUGAUCCUCGGUUUGCCAACUUUGAGACCGAUCCUCGCUACCAAUUGCCAUCAAAGAAAAAGCUAAAAACGAAACUCGACUCGCGCUUCUCCAAAGUCCUGAAGGAUGAAGACUUCAUUUCCACUGCAAAGGUUGAUCGCUAUGGACGAAAGUUGAAGUCUGACAGCAAGAAGAAAGCACUGCAGCGGCUGUACGAAGGCGAGGACGAGGAUGACCUCCCGAAACUCGAAAGUGAUGUUGAGGUCGACGAUGACGACAUUGUCCGUCGCGAGCUUGCCAAGGCGGACAAGAAGUACGACCCUGCUCGUGACGGAGGCUUUUCUUCUUCGGAGUCGGAUUCAGACUCUUCUGACUCAGACUCCGAGUCUUCAUCAGAGGUCGCAGAAGAUGAUGAAGAGGAAGAGACCCGCCCUGGCAUUCGGCUGCGAAGAGACAAGGAGGUGGUCGAGGAAGGCGAAGUAACACGUCGCUUUGCGGUUGUCAACAUGGAUUGGGACCACAUCAAGUCAGUUGACUUAAUGGCUUUGUUUACCAGCUUUCUGCCCCCUGGCGGUCGCAUAGAAAAGGUUUCUAUUUAUCCAAGUGAGUUCGGCAAGGAACGGAUGCAGCGCGAGGAUCUUGAAGGUCCCCCAAAAGAAAUCUUCAAGAAGAGCAAAGCUUCAGACGACUCCAGUUCCAGUGAUUCUGAUUCCGACAGCGAUUCCAGUUCAUCCACCGAUGAAGAUUCGGAUGAGGAGGUGAAAAAAGAAUUGUUGAAGGAAGGUGACGACCAAGACUUUGACAGUGAUGCGCUGAGAGCCUACCAGCUCGAACGGCUACGGUAUUACUACGCAGUAGUUGUCUGUUCCGACAAAGAUACAGCGCAUAAACUUUACGAAGCUACUGACGGCACUGAAUAUCUCUCCUCCUCCAACUUCCUUGACCUUCGGUUUAUUCCCGACGAUGUUACUUUCGAUGACGAGCCGAGAGAUGAGUGCGAUAGUGUGCCUGCAGGAUACAAGCCGAUUGAGUUCGUCACUGAUGCUCUCCAGCAUUCCAAGGUCAAGUUAACUUGGGAUAUGCAUCCAGAAGAGUUGGCGCGGAAAGAAACCAUUCGGAAAGCUUUCACUGGCAGCAGAGCGGAUCUUGCUGAAAACGACCUCCGGGCAUAUCUGGCUAGCGACACCGACAGUGACGAUGAGGACAUCGGCCCUUCUGCGGAUGGCAAGGAUAACGAGGAGGCUAAGCUUAGUAAAAAAGAACUUGCGAGAAGGAAGCUUCGAGCUGCACUUGGUCUCCCUGAUGACCCUAUCGAGUCGCUAAAGCCGUCAAAGGACGGCCCCGUUGGCGAGAUGCAAAUCACAUUCACACCUGCCCUCUCCGAAAAACCACAGAAGGAAGACGUCGAAGAGACGACGAUUGAAAAGUACAAGCGCAAAGAAAGGGAGCGGAAGGAGAAGAGGAAGCUCAAGGCUCUUGCUAAGAAGCAAGGCGUGGAUCUCGAGACACUGCUCGAAGAAAAAAAGAAGGCCGAGGAGCCCGUUGAGGACCUUGGCUUCGAUGACCCAUUCUUUACCACUGAGCCCACAUUACCCUCCAAAUCCGCCCUGCGGAAGCAAGAAAAGCAGAAAAAGCGUGCAGCCAGGGAGAAGGAAGAGGCUGAAGAUGCAACUCAAAGGGCACAGCUGGAGCUGCUCAUGGCUGAUGAAAACGGAGAUGGAGCACAUCUGGAUCACUUCGAUAUGAAGGAAAUCAUGCGCGCUGAGAAGAAGGGCAAGAAGAAAAAGAAGGGCAAGAAGGGUGAAGAAGACCGGGGCGGUCUACAGGAAGACUUCAAAAUGGAUGUUGAUGAUCCUCGCUUCAAGGCAGUGUUUGAGAGCCAUGAGUUUGCCAUUGAUCCGUCCAACCCUAAGUUCAAGGCAACAACAGGGAUGAAGAAGCUGCUGGAAGAGGGUAGGAAGAAACGCAAGGCUGCUCCUGAAGACAUUCCUGGUGUUGGCAAGGAAGACAGGAGCUCGAAGAAAGCCAAGCAGGAUGAUCUUAGCGAGCUUAGCAGCUUGGUGAAUGCUGUCAAGAAAAAGGUGAAAGCAAACAAGGUGUAG